AACCCUGAAAAAUAAUUAAGAAUCGCACAAUAAAAAGUCGUGUGGAUCUAAUAUUUAUCACAGAUUUCAUUGUAAUUUAUCCAUACUCCAAUGAAACUUGAUAUAUUGGUUUUCCUAGUACUCAUAGUAGACAAAUCAUUUCCGAAGGUACUAUAUGUAGAUGCAAAGAAAAUUGAAUUUUGCUCGCGACUGAAGUGCAGGAAGGAGGAUGUUGGUGUAAGGGUUUGUGGCUUGCGCGCUGAGGGUAAUGGUUUCCGGUUGAAACUGUUUGACAACGAAUGCGAAUUAUUGAAGUACGGAUGCAGUGUUGACGACGCGAACGCUUACGGAAUAAUUAACACAGAGUACUGCGAUCGAUCAUUUGGAACAAAUUAUAAUGAGUCUAUUGAUUACAUGAAAAAUGUUAACACAAAACUGAAAAAUGAUAUCGAUUAUGUAGAAAUCAACAACCAAACACUGGAAAAUAAUGUCGUUUAUAUGAAAAAUAAUAAUCGAAGAUCUAACAAUGCUCUGUUUAUCAAUAUGACAGAUAAAUGUGAUAUUGCAUGUGAUGAUAAUGAGAAAAAAGAAGUUUGUGGAAUAAGAGAAGAUGGCAAUGGAUUUAGAAUAAGACUAUUUCAAAAUCAUUGCGAAUUUACCAAACACAAUUGCGAGAAUGAUCUAGAAUUCAUAAAAACUGAUCUCUUCAUUUGUAAAACAGAUCUAAAUAAUACUGAAGAAGAAAACAUACGAAAUGAUUAUGUACUUACAAAAAAUAUGCUAAAUGAAAAUACAUUACAACACAAUAAAGAAAUAAUAGAUUACAAAGAUGAGUACAAAGUCAAUAAGACAGAUAAUGUUAAAAAUUUAGUUGUAGUGAAUAGUAAAAUAUUUGGACAAUACGACAACAUAAGCGAUUCUAUUGACACAUUCUUCGCCGCUUCGCAUGUUUUCGAUUUGCCGUUAAAGGAAGUUCAGUUGAAUACUCGAAGGAAAUUGCUGAAAUAUGCAGGGCCGAUAAAAGUAUUCGUACCAUGGAUCGCGAAGCCGAAAAUCAUUAGCAAUGAUACGUUUCAUAGACCAACUCUUUCUUCGUGUUACCAUAAGUGUCCUUUCAAAUGUCCAGACACUUACGCCCCAGUCUGCGGCGUGCCCGGCGUGGUGGCUCGAGAGCCUUCGCUCAUGUUCCAAAACCACUGCUUCAUGGACGUAGCGCAGUGCAAGAUGUUCUGGGAAAACAAGAGCAGCACCUCACACAGUUCCUAUUACGUGGAGUCUUCGUUCCUGUUCUGCAUGGGUGACGAGAUGAACGCUGUGUACCGCUUCCUGCCCGCUAUAAGGACGCUGCAGCACAUGGGCCGCCUGAAGAGGAAGGGCAGGUUCCGAGCCGUACUGAGGAACUUCAGGUUCGUGAGCGAGUUCCGAUACGGACGACCAAGGUUUAUGGGGAGAAAAUAAAACUCGAAUUCAAA